AUGACAAGCGCCGACGACAACGAUCUCGAAGCUCUUGUGGGUAUUGGCCACUUGUUCAACUUCCGGCUUGUUCCAAGUGCCCGCAACUUUCGAGGCCAGUCCUCUGGCUUUUCCCUUGACACUGUGUCCGUCCAAGCCUCGUGUGUUGAUGAUGUGGUGGACUGCAUCUGUCGAAUUGCCAUGGUCCACGCCGGAUUGGUCUCCAGUCACGGCGCCGUCAACGAGUGA